AUGUCCGAUCCGAUACCCCCGGCGUCCGCUGCGGCGCCUGCCGCUCCGGCUACAGCUACGGCUACACCUCCUCCUCCUCCUCCUCCGAAAGCACCCAGGCCGCAGAACCAGGCGCUCCGCAUGCUCGGUAUCCCCAACUUGCCCAGCAAGCUUCCCUCCCGCAAUUGGAUGAUCUUCUGGACCAUCUCGGCCUCCAUCACAGCCGCAAUCAUCUACGACCGCCGCGAGAAGAGGCGAAACAUCGCAAAAUGGAGACACGCCGUCGAGCAUCUGGCUGUCGAACCUCUCACCGACAAGCUCGGUCUUGAACAGCCGCGCAAGCUGACCAUCUACCUCUCCGCUCCUCCCGGAGACUACCUGCGAGUCGCUCAGGAUCACUACACAGAAUACGUCAAGCCUGUCCUUGCCGCCAGUGGCUUAGACUGGGAGUUUGUGCAGGGCCGCCGCGAAGGCGACGUGCGCGCCGUGGUCGCAGAAAGAGUGCGCAAGGUGCGCCGUGGCUGGGAGAACAAGGAAGAGGAGGACCCCAACCGCGAGCCUACAAAGGACGAGAUGAUAGAGAUCUACCGCCACCAGCGCGGCAUCAAGGACUACGACGGUGUUCGCGGCGACGUUGUCAUUGGCCGUCACACAUGGAAGGAGUACCUCCGCGGACUGCAUGAGGGUUGGUUGGGCCCGCUGGUCGCGCCCGCUGAGCCUGCGCCGCUCCCUCCCACACCCGCGCCCGCUGCGGUCGAGGGUAGCGCACCUACAGAAGAUAAGCCCGCGGAGGAGAAACCUGCGGAGGAGAAGAAGGAGGAGGAAGCCCCGAAGCCCAAGCGCCCACCCCAACCCAAGCCAUACAACACCACCGCCGAUUACCCGUCCGAGACCCUCCACCCCUUGACGCCACAGGAGCUCACUCCCUCGAUCCCCAUCCGUGAGCCUCACAUUCUCGGCUUUCUCAACACCCCCACGCGUAUGGUCCGCUUCUUCAACCGCCGCUCGCUCGCCGACGAUAUCGGCCGCGAAGUUGCCGCUGUGUGCCUGGCACACUACCGCGAAUUCCAGCAACAAACCAACACGGACGCCCCCUCUGCUGAUUCGGUGCAGUAUGAGCAGGCGAAGGAGCUCGAGUGGGAGGAGAAGGACUGGCCCAAGAAGGUAAAGAUUCACACGAAGCCAGUGGUGAUGGACCCCAGACUUGCGCACCGUAUGAGGAGGUUUGCCUUGACGCCCGAGGACGAGGAUCGGGUAAGCAAGAUCAAGGUGCCUGAGGAGGAGGUCGAGGGCUGGAUUAAGGGGUCAUUCAGGCAGAUGUACCGUUGGGGCGUCGACAAGGCCUUUAACAAGAAGAAGCUUGUCCCUUUGGAGGAUAAGGAUGUUGAGUAG